AGUCGUUUUGAACGCAGUAAAAGUACUCAGCAGUUCGAGGCAAGUCAUUGAAAUGUCUGCAUUUCUGCGAUCUCUCAAAUUUCCCCGAUGUGUUGUCCGUUUUUCUGACCGUGAUCUGUAGACCCUCAUCUGAAAACGUUAACGGACAACAGAAGACCAUAAUGGUAGCUCAAUGUCGUUUGUUAUGAGGCUAAACCCUGCACCGAGGCAGUUAUCUAGCUAGCUAGGCUAACGUAGUUAGCCAGGAAGUAUGGUCACUCACGCCUACUGCUGGUGGUUGCAUGACGGGUCUCGUAAACACGAAUGAUACUAACUAGCUAGUUAGCUACCGGUAGUUAAUGUAUUGAUAAAUUAAAAUGUCCAGGUGUCAACAGAUUAAUAUGAAAACUGUUUGGCAAAUAAAUCAUGGAAAUGACACGCUAAGCCCUGCUUGCUUGUUUUAGUAGCCGACUCAACUCCACGAUUUACGAUGGAGUUGUGUGGCAACUAGUCUGGGCAGACUGGAGCUCCGACGUCACAUACGUUUUUAUAAAAAAAAUUAAAAAAACGGAUUUCAGCAAACGAACAAUACACAUGACAUUGACAUUGUCCUCUGAAAAUACGUAGUUUUUGAUCGCUUUUAUGUGACAUCGAAACUCCAGUCCGCCACACUAGUCGCUGCUCAACUCCAGUCCACCACACUAGUCGCUGCUCAACUCCAUCGUAAAUCGUUGUUUAGUUGGCUAUUGUUUAGGUAACGUCAAGUAGCUAGUUCCUUCCUGGGCAUAGGCAAAGCCAAGAAAGAGGCUGAUUGUUCGUUUGCCAGUUAGCAAGCUAUUGUGGUGCCAAAUGUGUUUGAAUACUAGGAGCUAGCUUAUGUGUUCUAGCUAACUUGUGCAAUUUUUUUUUUGGCAUGCUCACACCUCAAAGUAACUUAAACCCAGAUCACGCUUUGAAUAUUGGUUGGGUGUGGUUUGUCUUUCUUGUCCUACCACUUCACUUCCAUAAACACAGCUUGUAUUUGGGUAAAUUACUUGUAUCAAUAUUUGCUAAUGAAUGAAACCCUAUUUGUUAAGAGAGCCAGACAGUCCAUGUUUGUGAUUCGCUGCCAUGUUUAGGCCUAGUUAUUUUAACAAUACUUUUAUUUUUUCUGCAGGCUGAAAGCAUUAUCAAUUCUCGUGGCAUUGUAGAAGAUCAAGAUGGAGAGAAUGAAAAUACUGAUGACUCAAACCUCCAAGUAAGAUGGCCUAUACAAAGGUCUAAACAACUAUUAUGUCUCAGAAUUGCUCUGUGAUAAAGAGUUUAACAGAAAUCCAUAUUGGCAUUUUUUUUGUUGUUGCCAUGAUAGCAUACCUAUACACUGUUAUGAACAAAGUUUGCGAGAUUGAGGGUUGUUGCUUACGCUUUGCUAUUGUGUGUGUGUACACAGGGAUUGACAUUAAAGUUCGAAAGGCACUUGUCAGGAGUAUUUUUUUUGGUUGCCAGACGAUUAUGAUUAAUUACCUAUUUACACACAGAAUUGCCAUAUUAUAUUACCUGCAAAUAGGGGAGGAAUCAGAAUUAUCAUUACUGGAAUUAUUUUUAAUUGAGUUGUUAUCAGUAAAAACAUUCUCAGAGCAGGCUCAACUUGCCAGACUGCCAUAAAUGAUCUGUCUUCCACUUAAACAAUGGGGAGGAACCAGAAAGAUCUGUUUUAGGCUACUGGAAUUCUUUGCAGUAUUCUAUAUAUAUAUUUUUACAAAUCACCUGCCCAAAGGGGCAACCUCAGAGCAGGUUAAACUUGCGAGACUGCUCAGGUCACUUGCUCCAGGCAAUAGAGAAACCCCUAAUGUCAAUCACUCGUACACCAUUGUUCAUGUGACAAGGUGGAGCUCACCGUGUUCAGGGCCCAAUGGAUGUCUGAACUGAAGCCCAACUCUGGGUCCAAUGGGGGGAACAGAGGACUGUCGUCAAGAGCUGCAGACCUGAGAAGAAAACAGGAACUGGCCCGGGAGGAAAAAGUAAGCUGUUUUGUUAGAGCCAUUUACACUGAACAAAAAUAUAAACGCAACAUGCAAAGUGUUGGUCCAAUGUUUCAUGAGCUGAAAUAAAAGAUCCCAGAAAUUUUCCAUAUGCACAAAAAGCGUAUUUCCCUCAAACUUGGCGCACACAUUUGUUUACAACCCUGUUAGUGAGCAUUUCUCCUUUGCCAAGAUAAUCCAUCCACCUGACAGGUGUGGCAUGCUGACUGCAGGAAUGUCCACGAGCUGUUCCCAGAGAAUUGAAUGUUAAUUUCUCUACCAUAAGCCACCUCCAGCGUAGUUUUUGAGAAUUUGGCAGUAUGUCCAACCAGCCUCACAACCGCAGACCACGUGUAACCACGCCACCCCAGGACCUCCAUAUCCGGCUUCUUCACCUGCGGGAUCGUCUGAGACCAGCCACCCGGACAGCUGAUGAAACUGUGGGUUUGCAAAACUGAAGAAUUUCUGCACAAACUGUCAGAAACCGUCUCCAGAAAGCUCAUCUGCAUGCUCGUCGUCCUCACCAGGGUCUUGAUCUGACAGCAGUUCGCCGUCGUAACCAACUUCAGUGGGCAAAUGCUCACCUUCAAUGGCCGCUGGCAUGCUGGAGAAGUGUGCUUUUUACAGAUGAGUCACGGUUUCAACUGUAUCGGGCAGAUGUCAGACAGCAUGUGGGCGAAGUGGUUUGCUGAUGUCAACGUUGUGAACAGUGUGUCCCAUGGUGGCAGUGGGGUUAUGGUAUGGGCAGGCAUAAGCUACGGACAACGAACACAAUUACAUUUUUUCGAUGGAAAUUUGAGUGUACAGAGAUACCGUGAUGCGAUCCUGAGGCCCAUUGUUGUGCCAUUCAUCCGCCGCCAUCACCAUGUUUCAGCAUGAUAAUGCACAGCCCCAUGUCGCAAGGAUCUGAACACAAUGUUUGGAAGCUGAAAAUGUCCCAGUUCUUUCAUGGCCUGCAUACUCACCAGACAUGUCACCCAUUGAGCAUGUUUGGGAUGCUCUGGAUCAAUGUGUACAACAGCGUGUUCCAGAUCCCGCCAAUAUCCAGCAACUUCGCACAGCCAUUGAAGAGGAGUGGGACAACAUUCCACAGGCCACAGUCAACAGCCUGAUCAACUCUAUGCGAAGGAGAUGUCGCGCUGCAUGAGGCACACCAGAUACUGACUGGUUUUCUGAUCCACACCCCUACUUAAAAAAAAAAAAGAAGAUUAUAUCUGUAUUCCCAGUCAUGUGAAAUCUAUAGAUUAGGGCCUAAUGAAUUUAUUUCAAAUGACUGAUUUCCUUAUAUGAACUGUAACGCAGUAAAAUCUUUGAAAUUGUUGCAUGUUGAGUUUUAAUUUUUUAUAUUUUUACACCAGAUAUUACUACCUGCCAUCAGCAUCAUCUUCACUAUCGUUCCCAACUUUUGUUUCUUUGUCUUAGGCCAGAGAGUUGUUCCUAAAAGCUGUUGAGGAAGAAGAGAAUGGAGCUGUUUAUGAAGGUAUGUCUGUGAGACAAGAUAGGCUAAGCCCAAGGCGGGCCAGUAUGGAAGAAAAAAAAAAAAUUUAUGCACUCACUAACUGGCUCUGGAUAAGAGCGUCUGCUAAAUGUGUAAAAUGUAAUUUCUAUUUUGUCUGAGUAUGAUGUGAUUGACCUUUUAAAUGGAUAGUUCACCCAAAUUACAAAAUGACACAUUGGUUUCCUUACCUAGUAAGUAGUCUAUGGACAAGGUAUGACAGCAAUCAAUGCUUUGGUUUUAUUUCCCUGGCACCGUUUCCAAAUGCUAACAUUUUAGCAUUUGUGGCAUAAAUCUCAUUCAAGUCAUGGUACCAUUUAGCAUUUUUUACACAUCAUGUUUAAAUCAUCCGUAAGUAUGAUUUUAAAAGCAAAGUAUGAUUUGAAAUGUUAAUAUUGGUACCAUGACUUGAAUGGAAUUCUUGUGUGGCUGUAGUUGGGAUUGGGAAUAAUGGUUUUACACAAAAGCAUAGCUAAACUUUUUUUCCCUCCCUAAUUUGCAGCAAUUAAGUACUAUCGCAGGGCAAUGCAGAUUGUGCCUGACAUUGAGUUUAAAAUCAACUACAGUCGUUCUCCUGAUCCAGAUGGUGGGUAAGUCUUUAUAUGGUGGUAUACAGUAACACUACAAUGAAGACUUCAUACUGAAAGUCACACCUCUUUUCCAUACAAGUCAUAUCAUGUGAAUGAUACUGCAUAUCUGUUUCCUAGCAAUGAGAAUGACAUGGAUGGUGAAAUAGAGGAUCUACUGGCCUACUUCCAUCAGCAGCUCACUCUGCAAGACAACUCUCUGAAGAUAUGUGUUCCUGAGGUGGAGAUGACUCAGAUGCACAUCUCAGGUAGAGCUUAUGCAAUAGUUAGGAAAAAUCCACACACCCAAGCACGUUAAAAAAAGUUAUGUUGGCUACUCUCAUGCUCCCACAGUGGUUUAUUAAGACGCACCCACAUACAAUGUUUCAAUCCCACUGGGAUAAGGGCGGCAGGUAGCUUAGUGGGUAAGAGUGUUGUGCCAGUAACCGAAAGGUCGCUGGUUCUAAUCCCCGAGCCGACUAAGUGAAAAAUCUGUCGACGUGCCCUUAAGCAAGGCACUUAACCCUAAUUGCUCCUGUAAGUCGCUCUGGAUAAGAGCGUCUGCUAAAUGACUAAAAAUGUAAAAAAAAAUCUUGGUCAGGAUUGAAACAUUUCAAUAAACCACUCAAUGAACCACUGUCUGGGAGAAUAUUGGCUUUGCAGUACUCGAUUAGUAUACUGGACUUUGUCUGGUUUGCCUUUACACAAACUUUGAAGGACUUCUAUACAGUACAUAAGCUGUCUCACUGUCAGUCUGUUCCUUUGGGUUUCUGUCCACAGCCCUGCCCCCAGAGGUCUUGAUAUACAUCUUCCGUUGGGUUGUGUCCAGUGAUCUGGACCUGCGUGCCCUCGAGCAGCUCUCCCUAGUCUGUAGAGGCUUCUAUAUUUGUGCUAGGUCAGACCAGUCAUUACAAAUCCAACAUAUUUUAAAUAUACUUUCCACAAACAUGGUUUUGAUUCAUUUAAAUUCAUGCUGAACUUUUUAGUGCUGUGAAACACUGGUCCAUACACUGCAUUAAAACAGGCUCCUGAAUAAUGUAUUGUUUUUUUCAAAUGAAACCUAGAUUGUUAUGCCCUUGGUGUUGAUUUCUCCUCAGGGACCCAGAGAUUUGGCGUUUGGCCUGUCUAAGAGUGUGGGGCCGGAGCUGUACCAAACUGGUGCCCUUCAACUCCUGGAGGGAAAUGUUUCUUGAGAGGCCACGUGUGCGCUUUGAUGGUAAACACUAAGGAACAUCACUUAUUUAUCAUCCUUAGAGAAAGAAAAACUCUAACAUAAGAGAGUGGAUUUGUUUCAUAUACUUCUCUAUUUUCUCAAUAUCAAUGCACAAUUGGCACGUUUAGCAAAAGUUGCAUAGCUAAAACUAGAUUGGUCCGAUUUUAUCAGAUGCUCGUUAUGUUUGGGAAAUUCAAUAUAUGGUAUUCAAUGUUGAUUUUGCAGGUGUUUACAUCAGCAAAACGGCAUACAUCCGUCAGGGAGAGGAGUCCCUUGAUGGAUUCUACAGGGCUUGGCACCAGGUGGAGUAUUACAGGUCGGUGCUUCAGUCAGUCACUGGUGUCCUUGUUAUGUUAUGUACUCCCGAGUGGCGCAGUGGUCUAAGGCACUGCAUCGCAGUGCUAGCUGUGCCACUAGAGAUCCUGGUUCGAAUCCAGGCUCUGUCGUAGCCGGCCGCGACCGGGAGACCCAUGGGGCGGCGCGCACAAUUGGCCCAGCGUCGUCCAGGGUAGGGGAGGGAAUGGCCGGCAGGGGAUGUAGCUCAGUUGGUAGAGCAUGGCGUUUGCAACGCCAGGGUUGUGGGUUCGAUAAAAAAAUAAUGUAUGCACUAACUGUAAGUCGCUCUGGAUAAGAGCGUCUGCUAAAUGACUAAAUGUAAAAUGUUAUGACAUGCUAAUGACCGUACAGUCGGACAAGACUAGCUAUACUGUUUGUAUCCCCAGAUAUCUGCGUUUCUUCCCUGAUGGCCAAGUCAUGAUGCUGACCACACCUGAGGACCCAAUGGUCACUGUUCCUCGUCUGCGUAGCAGGAACACCAGGUAUUUAGAAUGCAACAUACACUGGCAUCCAAGUCUGGAGUAACACAUUUGAGGGAAAAAUUUGUUUUAGAAGGUCACAACGGUUGGAUUUGUAACAUUCAUGGCUUUCCUUUUCCCUUUACACAGGGUGGAGUCCAUUAUGUGUGGUCAUUACCGUCUGUCGCAGGACACAGACAAUCAAACCAAAGUAUUUGUUGUCGUCUCUAAGAGAAAAGAAGAGGUGAGUGAGAGAAGUUACAGCAUUGGACAUGGAUGAAUUGAUGUGGGAAGGUAUUUGCAUAUUUUCCAUUCCUGUUAUACCUUAAACCCAACGAAAUAGGCAGUUUCCUCACCCAUUAACUGGUGCAACUGGUGCAGUGCUGGAUACAGAAUAGGAGAAAAUAAAAUACUGUACGUCAUUGUCCACAGAUGAUUGAAGAGUGCUUUGGCUAUUCAGUUCUGACUGCGGAUCCCUGUGUGCGUGUUCUCUCUUGACAGAAGGUGGCAGAGUACCAGAGAAACUCUCGGUUUUGCCGGCGGAACCCAGCGGCACUCGAGACAGAGCACAGCUUUCAUGUGGGACUGCAGCUGUCGUCUGGCGGGCGCCAGAGCUUCAACAAGCUGAAUUGGAUUCACCAUUCCUGCCACAUCAACUACAGGUAAUACACUGGGUAGUUAGGGUUUUGAUUUGACAGCAUUCAUUCAAUGAAUGUCAUUGCAAGAGAGAAAAGUGAUUGGGAAUGUAACUUUUCAUUGAGCUCUCAGGUAUCCAUCUCCUAAAGCAGCAUAAAUGUGAUUUGAAUGUUUUUUUAGAUCCACGGGAGAAACGGUUGUCACUGCCUUCGACUUGGACCAGAUGUACGCAUCUUUCUUCUUUGCACGUGUGAAAAGCUAUACAGCAUUUUCUGAACGCCCACUCUAGGGCAGCCUAGAGAGAAGAGAUACGUCACUACUGAAGUAGAAACCACCCAAAAGUUUACACAACACUAAAUGCAUAUUUCUUUGCCUGUUGGUUUUGGGCUGAACUAUGAUUUUGAAUGAAUGUAUACCAAUCAACCUGCAUCUGAUUCUAAACGUAGUGUGUGUGCCACAUAGCCAUUAUGUCUAUGGCUGUCACAGCAAACAAAAAAUAAUUAUACUGAUUCUUCUUUUAAAGACUGGAUAGAUGUCCAGUAUGAUGACAUAAAAUGUCAAUAAUAGGAGAUUUUUCACCCUUUUCCAACAAUGAAUAUUUUGACUGUUUUUGUUAAUUCUCUAGUAAGCUGUUUUCUCAUCUGUUAACUCAACUGGAAUAAACAAAUGUGGGAACUA